AUGGUUUGGCCAUUUGGGAAACGGUCGACACAGUCAGCCGAAGAGGAGACUGCAAUUGAGGGGAAGGAUAAGACGGAACACAAAAUCUUUCUAGAAGAUGUUCCCCCGAAGUUUGACACAGAUUUUCAAAAGGCGGCGCCACAGCACACAACUCAGUCCAGAGAGAUGAAGAGGAUAUUAUCGAAUCUGAGCUGGUCCGAUUUCCACCCCUCUAAUCUGUUGGCGAUACCCUGCUUCCGAGAUGCUGGAUUGGCAGGUUUUUCAUGUUUAUUUGUGUUUUCGUCCGUGAUGUUCUUAUACCAUAAAGAUGUACGUAAAGCUGCCAACUGGGGAUUUGGAGGGCUGAUGUUGGGCGCGACAUUUGCAUGGGAGCAGUGCAACGCUCAGCGGCGAAGAGAGCAACAGGCUGUGCAAAUGGCCCAGGAACGAUACAGACAGCGCCGUGCAAGAAAAACCGAAUAA